UUUUCUUUGGAAACAAACAUGUCAAUCUUCUUCUAAAUAUCUCAGUCACAGAUCGUAAAGAUCCUACUUUUAAGCAAUCCAUAGCAGCCUUACAAGUAAAGCACUAUUCUCACCAACAUAUAAAAAGGACAUCAGUUUCAGUUUAAUCAACCACAACAAAGUUUCUGAAUCCGCAAUUAGAUAUAUUUGGAGCGUAAAUGUUUCCAAGGAUCUUUUGUUAACGGUCACAUAAAACCAUACAAUUAAGAACUUUUUAUAACCUUAUUUGGACCACCAACUAUUGUAUAACUGAGUCCCACAAGGAACUCCAUCAAGACAUAUGUCAAUGUCAAAACGAUAUUGUUUUAUAACCCCAUUUGUUAAUCUAGUGGGAAAGAAAUAUAUGCGCAAGGCGAGAAGUGUGGAGCCAUGGACCACAAAGACUAUAGCCGACAAAAUGCGGAGAGGAGACUCUUAUUGUCUAAAGACGAAGAGAGGAUCCGCGAUGAGCUAGAAAUGGAAAUCGAAAGAAAUUUGGAAGGGGAAUUCAAGGACGGGAUCUACAAUCUCGCACUCAAGCUGCGUCGACUUUAUGAACAAAGACGAGAAAGAGAGGAGUUGUUCGAUGUUUCAAUGAGAAAGAGCAAGAGAGUAUUGGAGGUGAACAUAAAUAUAAAGAUGGAAGGAGAUACCAAGAUUGAGAUCACAGAGAAGAAGAAGGAAGUAGACAACGAAAAGACGAAAAAGGCAGAGAAUUCGGACAAGAGAAAGAAGUUUGUAGCAGUUGGUGAAGAUAAAACAGGAAAAGAAAAGAUGAAGAAUCAAACGAGGGCUCAUGAGCUCAGAUGGAAAUGGUAAAGAGAAUGAUUGGCCUGGAUCUGUGCCUAUAUGCUGGUAUCUAUCUAUGUUUGCACUUUUUCUUCCUGCAAAUCCUACUUAAACACGAAUGAAAUAAGAGUUAUGCUUGCUUAUCACAUAGUGCGAUGGAGAUUGUAAGAGUAACAACAAAAUCUUCUUUUACAACCAUACACUAUCAUCUAACAAAAUAACACCAAAUCCUAAAAUCCAAUUAGUUUUUUUAUUAGCAAUAAUAUGAUUAGGAGAAAGUUUAGCAAAGAAAUGCUAUCGGUGUAUUAAGACAUGGUAACUGAUUAAGAAUAAGAAUCAAAUAAAUAUAUAGAAGAGAUAAAAUAAUGCUAUUCUAUAAAAUCAUAAAUUUAUAGAAGAGAUGGUAAAGACUUACGGAGAAACAUGAGUGCUCACUAGU